AUGCUUCAAAAAAGACUGUUUCAUGUAUCCAAAAAAUGGUAUAAGCAUUUGACGCCAUUUACUUGUAUCAAACACCCUGAAUUUAAGCGUAAUCCUGCUUUUUCAAAAAUUUCAAGUAAAGACGUUGAUUAUUUUAAAUCCAUUUUAAGCAGCAAUAACAUAAUUCAUGAUACAAAUCCUGAAAGCCUUGAUAUUGUAUCUUAUAAUACAGACUGGUUUAAUCUUUACAGAGGUGCUUCUUCACUAUGUUUAUUCCCAACAUCAACAGAACAAGUCAGUCAGAUUCUACGUUAUUGUAAUCAACACCAAUUGGCUGUUGUUCCUCAAGGAGGUAAUACGGGUGUCAGUGGUGGUGCAGUGCCUGUGUUUGAUGAAAUCAUUGUCAAUACAUCCAAAAUGAACCAAAUUCGACAUUUCGAUCCUGUGUCUGGUGCAGUGGUGGUAGAUGCAGGUGUUGUAUUGGAGAAUUUAGAUCAGUUUCUGGAGACAAAAGGAUACACGGUGCCCUUGGAUUUAGGCGCUAAGGGAUCAUGUCAGUUGGGAGGUAAUGUGAGCACCAAUGCUGGUGGAUUAAGGUUGAUGCGGUUUGGUAAUUUGCACGGUAAUGUGCUUGGUCUUGAAGUUGUGUUACCGGACGGUACCAUUCUGGAAAAACUGUCCAUGUUACGUAAAGACAAUACAGGAUAUGAUCUGAAGCAAUUGUUUAUUGGUGCAGAAGGUACAUUAGGUUUAGUCACAGGCGUAUCUUUAUUGAUUCCCCGACGCCCAAAGGCUGUGAAUCUUGCUUUAGUAGGUGUGGAUUCAUUUGAAGCAAUCCAAAAAGCUUAUGUCAUGGCCAAAGAAGAUUUAUCUGAAAUCCUUUCAGCUUUUGAAUUCUGGGAUCAUGAUUCAGUAGGUGUGGUCAAGCAAGAAAUGAUGCAGGAUACAAAUUACCCUAUUGAAGGAAAAUAUCCAUUUUAUGCACUAUUGGAAACUCAGGGAAGUAAACAAGAUCAUGAUCAAGAGAAACUAGAUGGAUAUAUUCAACGUUUAAUGGAAGAAGGCAUUGCUCAUGAUGGUGUGAUGGCUCAAGAUGCUAAGCAAAUUCAAGCUCUUUGGUCUUGGAGAGAAAAGAUUCCCGAGUCUAUCAAUAAGGCAGGUACAGCCAUGACUUAUGAUGUGUCAAUGGAAGUCCCUUUACUUUACAAGAUGGUGGAAGAUGCCAAAACAUAUUUUGGUAGUAAAGGAGAGUUGGGUCCAGACAAAGUGUAUUCGAAUCUAUUGGGAUUUGGACAUGUUGGUGAUGGCAAUCUGCAUAUCAUGGCCAACUUAAACAGGUUUGAUCAAGGUGCACAAGAAGCAAUGGAUAAAUUUGUGUUUAAUUGGGCGAUGAAGCAUCAUGGAUCCAUCACAGCUGAACAUGGUGUUGGUGUAGCCAAAGUAAACUAUAUGGCUCAAGCCAAAUCACCUGUUCAGUUGCACUUGAUGCGUAUGAUUAAAAAAGUCAUGGAUCCCAAUGGCAUCAUGAAUCCGUAUAAAGUAGUGCCUGAAUAA